UUUCGUUUUAACUUCGCCAAGCGGCCCCCGAGUUUUCGCCAGCAGAGGGCUCGGAAGUCUGAAAUCCCAUCGGCCCGGGAUUAUAUGAUGCUUAUACAUUGAUUUUGAGUGUCGACACAGGACAAAGAAUUCAUGCAACGUCGAGAUAUGUCUCCGAAUGUGUAUCCGAAAGAUGAGCAACACAAGCCCCCGAAAAACGAGUACCUGCAGAAGAACUCGCACCAGAGGCUCACCGUCGUGCCCCUCAGCAUCGACGACAUGCAAAGGCAUUCGCCGUUGAUGCUGUCCCCCCGGUUCCAUAGUGGUUCGGCUGUGCACCCGAUGGGAGGCAGCCAUCAUGGAAAGCCCAACUGUCUCUGCUCUCCGACCACCCACACUGGCUCUUUCAGGUGCCGAUUCCACCGCGGGUCCGGCUCUGGCCUAUCUCGAGCCCACCACUCGGUCGAAGCAAACCUAUCGGAGCUGGCCAAUAAGUCCCCAAGCUCCAUUGUCGCUCUUAAUAAGAGGCCGGUAGCUUGUUCCUUCCAAUCUACUGCUGCAAAAACUAAAUCAAUCAACCGUGAUUGUCAAUGUUAGUUAUCUAAGUCGCUUAACAGUUCGAUUUUUUUUUUAUAUGGUAUUGUAACUUAAUCAUUAUUUGCUCGAGCGACAGGAGGCUCGAGGUACAUGAGUUCACAAUGUACGUGUAACUAUCAACUUAUAUGUAUAUACAUCUGCUAGUUCGAAAUAUAUGAAGACAGUGUGAUAUAAUA